UCGUAUCCCGAUAGAGUACGAUGAUCAUUGCCGCAACGUAGGAGUACGGUACCAAAUAAUGCGCUAUUCUGAAAUACCUCGUGAACAAGCAGACAAACAUACGUGCAAAGGCAAGGUAGGGAGACCGGAGAAAGGCAAUCGCAAAACGUCGGCGACAGGGGACAGCAACGAAUCGUUCGAUGGAGACGAUGGUGAUGAAAGUGCACGAUUCUUCUCCAACGGUACGACCGGAUGCCGGCAUCAGCACCAGUCAGUACCACCAGCAGAAAAGGUCGGGCUAGAUGGGGCGAUCGAUGAGCCGCUGAUCGAAGAGACCAAACGUAAACACGAACGCAAGGAUCGUCACUUGUUGGACGACCGACAUUUGUGCCAUAAAGCAGCCGCAGGAUCUAUCGAAAGUCUUAACGAUGGUUGCUCAACGACUUCAUCAUUUAGACCGUGGCAUAGCUAUUCGAAGAAAUCCUAUAGCCUGCCGCCAAACACAACGAUUAGCGAUGUCGGUUCGAUCGUGUUCAGCUGCCAGCAGGUAUCACCGGCCGAGCUAGCUAGUCAGAUAACGCUGCUAGAUUUUCCAACGUUUAACUUAAUACAACCCGACGAACUGACCGGUUGCGGCUGGACAAAAAAAAACAAGCACACGCUGGCUCCAAAUGUGGUGGCGUUCACAAAGCGCUUCAAUCAUACAACGUUCUGGACUGUGCAGGAAAUACUCAACGGGGUUAGCCCGAAGGAUCGUGCCGAGAUUAUAAGCCACUUCAUUAAGGUGGCAAAAAAGUUGCACGAUAUUAACAACCUUCACUCAUUGUUUGCGGUCAUAUCGGCGUUGAAAAGUGCCAGUGUGCACCGGUUGAAGGAAAGUUGGUUGUUGGUUUCGCGCAAAGAUCAGCAGCAGUUGGAUCGGCUGGGCCAGUUGUUCGAUGAGAGCGACAAUUGGACAGCACUGCGCAAUUACAUCAAUCAAUUCAAGCUCCCCGGCAUACCAUAUCUAGGCAUUUUUCUCACGGAUAUUAUUUACAUCGAUCUGAUGCAUCCUAGCCAUAAAGCUCAGGAGUGUCACGCACGCGAAACUAAAAUGAACAACGUACUGAGGGUGUUGUCUAGCUACCAAAGUUCCAACUAUUCUUUCAUAAGUCCGAUACAGCCGACGCUGCGCUAUCUGCAAUCGCGGCGGUACAUCGACGAACUGCAAAACAUAUUUGAGGAGGAUCAAUACAAAAAAUCUCUUAACCUCGAGCCGACCGCUAGUGCCUCUGGAGCCGCAGGCAUCGUACGUUUACCGAAGCCCAAAUCAGACCAUAAUGAUAGUGCACGAAGAAGUGUAACGGUGAUGGCUCCGUUGGAUAACGAUGUUACGGGGCAAAGUACGUCUUCCGUCAACAACGACAUGCCGACGACGUCCAGUGCACGUCAGUUCAUUCCCGGGCACAGGAAAUGCUACAGCUUAGGGACGAACAUUUUUUAUCCCAGAUCUUCCGAACAGUCGACCACCCUCGGUAGCCGGCAAUUAAAAUCGGGAAAAAUGAGGCUAGAAGACGAGACGCCGACCGCACUACGACUAGUUGAAUUAGAUGGAAUUACAAGCACCAAUCUGGUUGAAGGGUACUUGAAGCGAAAAACUGUCCUAAAGUAUGGGCGUAAACCUACCGUAGCUUCAUGGCAGCGGUACUGGGUACUAAUAUGGUCCAACACGAUGAUUUAUUUUCCACCAAAAACAUUUAAAGGCAACGAAAGAAGCAACUUCAAGAAGGAACCAUCAAAAAUUUUCCCACUCGAAGGCUGGACAGCCGAGGAGUCCGAGAUGCCAGCGCAGAAUGAGUUUUUCCAGUUGGUCAACUAUCAACAUGGUCACGCUUAUCGCUUCAAGUCCGGCUCGCACGCCUCAGCCAACCGGUGGUUGGCCGCACUGAAACUAGUGACUACUUCCAAACCCACGGAACCUUCGUCGAUCUCUUUGAAUCUAAUUUCAUUUGAAUAACUUGCUUUGGCUUACAAACUGCCAAAAAUGCCCUAGGAAAAGAAAUAUCCUUCAAAGCUCCACUAGCAAUCAUCGGCACUCAUAAGCUGCCAGACUUUGUUUAAUUUUUCUCAUCGUUUAUUUUUAGUAUCCAGUUUUUUUACUUUUGCGGAUGAUGAAACUAAAAAAACAUAUCUGUAGAAGGGAGAAAUUUGCAAACGAAUUGGCAUUAUUUUUACAAGCAUACUUUACUGUAGGUUCAUCGUCCGCCCUCGAAUCGGUUUAAUUUGGGUUUCGCAAUUGUGAGGCAAUGAAUUGUUACCGGUCUAAUGCGAUCUAUCGAGGUGGAAUGAUAAUAUCUAGUACACGCAAGCUUUCACGAUG